AUGGCCUUCGCAAUAGUAGUCAUAGCCGGUCUAUUCCUCUUGAGGGUCCAGGCACAGUCUCCGUUAGCGCCCGAGAGGCCUCUGCCCGCCAAGGCGCAGCUUAUUGAUCAAAAGAGCUUCAAUGUCUUGGAGGCUGUGCCGCCCUCUUUCGAGUUCAAUGCCACGUCGGAGUUUCUCUGGCCCGGCGUUACUCAUGAGUCCCUCGCCCAGAAGCCGUUCCACGUGUAUGAUGCCGAGUUCUACGACAUCAUCGGCAGCGACCCGUCGUUGACCCUGAUCGCGACUUCGGAAACGGAUCCCAUCUUCCACGAGGCCGUUGUCUGGUACCCUCCCACGGAAGAAGUCUUCUUCGUCCAGAACGCCGGGCCCGUCGCCGCGGGAACGGGCCUCAACAAGUCGUCAAUCAUCCAGAAGAUCUCGCUGGCCGACGCCGAGGCCCUUCGUACCGGGUCCCUCGGUACUCCCGAGGUCGAGGUUGUUACUGUGCCGUCGAACCCCCAAGUUAUUAACCCUAACGGCGGAACGAACUACCAAGGCCAGAUCAUAUUCGCAGGUGAGGGCCAGGGUGACCGUGUCCCAUCGGCGCUCUACUUGAUGAACCCGGUUGAACCGUACAACACAACCAUCCUGGUCAACAACUACUUUGGCCGCCAGUUCAACUCGCUCAACGACGUCGUCGUCAGCCGCCGUAAUGGAGACAUCUACUUCACCGACACGCAGUACGGGUACUGGCAGGACUUCCGGCCGGAGCCGGGUGUGCGGAACCAGGUCUACCGCCUGAACCCCAAGACUGGCGCGUUGACCGUGGUUUCUGACGAUCUCGUUUCGCCCAACGGAAUCACCUUCUCUCCCGACGGCGCGCACGCCUAUGUGACCGACACGGGACUUGGUCGUGGUCGCUUGGGGUAUAUUUUCACCAACCCCUCCACAAUCUACCGUUUCGACGUGAAGGAAGAUGGUACUUGGGAGAACCGCAAGACGUUCGCCCACGCCCACUCGGGUCUGCCAGACGGUGUUCAUACCGAUACGAAGGGAAACGUGUACGCGGGUUGCUUUGAUGGCGUCCAUGUCUGGAACCCAUCUGGUAAGCUCAUCGGCAAGAUUUACACCGGCGCUGUUGCCGCCAACUUCCAGUUCGCUGGUGAUGGGCGUAUGGUCAUCACCGGACAGACCAAGCUGUUCUAUGCCACUUUUGCGGCUUCCGGGGUUGCAUUGACAUAG